AUGACUGUUACGGCUUUCCCAUCUGAGACCUCCUCAGAUUUCACCCUCCUCAACGUGGCCCGACUUUUCACAAGGCUCGAACACAACCUCCUCGCCCCGGGCGCCGAGGUGUCCUUCCGAUCUGAGUACCAGCGCAUGCGAGUAACUAAGAAUGUCGAGUACGCCCGCACGCUCCUCACCCAGCUCGAACGCUCGCUCCCGCAGCUCAAACCCCUCGACCGCAAACACGAAGCGCAGACGGAGAUCGCGCGCGACCGCCAGCUGCUGAAGCGCAUGCAGAGUCUCCUAGAAGAGGCGGAUUCCCGGGGUGCCGAGCCAGAACUGGACGACGAGGACGAAGAUGACGGAGAUGGCGAGUGGCGGGAGCUUUUAGCUCGACCCAUCGCAAAGGAAAAGGUUAUGUCGGGAUCACCUACGACACAACAAGACCAGAAAUCUCGCGCACACAUUGGAGACGACAUAAAAGGAUCAGAAGCAUCCGGAACGAGAGACGUUGACACUACGGCGAGCACUACAACUACAACAACUACUCCCUCUACGACGACCACGACUACAACCCCAACAGCUACAGCUACAGCUACAUCCACAGCAACAACCACUUCAUCCACACUCCGAAACCGACACACACCACACGACCAACCCACUCCGAACCCCACAGCCACCACAACAGCAACAGGAAGCAACACCUCCAGCACGCCUCACGAACCCAAUACCAAACUUGGGUCCACAGAGCAGGCGCUAAGCACGCAGCGCCUAGAACAAGAAGACCUGACCAGCUCGCUGCUCUCGCUGGCCUCGCAGCUCAAGGCGUCGUCACAUUCGUUCCAGAGUACGCUGGACGGCGAGAAGUCGGUGCUGGACCGCGCGGUGCACGGUAUCGACCGCACGAGCGCGACAAUGGAGGCGGCGGGACAGCGGAUGGGGAUGUUGCGGCGGAUGACGGAGGGCAAGGGGUGGUGGGGGCGGAUGAUGUUGUAUGGGUGGAUUUUUGGGCUGUGGGUGGUUGCGGUGUUGAUUGUGUUCUUGGGGCCGAAGUUGCGGUUCUGA